GUAAACAAAAGGUUAGGUCAGAAACACUUAUGUUGUUGUUUGUUUAAAAAAGGAAGGAAGUCACAAUCAUAUAAUGCUACGCUACGCACCUACAAAUAAUGAUCGAAAGAAGAGGGAGGAAUUCUACAGACAACUGCAGUCAGUAAUGGACAAGACCCCAACCCAGUUGGAGUCAUCAAAAUUCUAAUGCGUGGGGUGACAUUAAUGCCAAACUGGGAGCAGACGACACAGGAAGAGAACUGAUCAUGGGUCGAGAAGCACUCGGUGAAAUGAACGAGAAUGGAGAACUGUUUGCAAACUUCUGCGCAUUUAACGAUUUGGUGAUUUUAGUGAGGCAGUCUGUACAAACGCAAGGAUAUCCACAAAGCGACAUGGAUUUCAUUUCACCAGAUGGACACACUGCACUACAAAUCAGAUCGACUUCAUCUCAAUUUGAAGAAAGUGGAGACGCAGCCUACUGGACACAAGGUCGGAUGAAGCAGGGGAGCAGAUGUGUAGGUUCACACCACUCACUAUCUAGUGCAAACAACCUACCCUCAAAAUCAAGUUGAAAGCCUUCAAAGAAGCUGGUGAUAGGUCACAGUUCAAGUUCAACGCCCAGAAACUGAAGGACGAAACUUCAAAGGAUAUAUUCAUGGCAGACAUCAGGAAAAAA